GUGAGGAAGAUGCUGGGCUCAGAGCAGGGAGGAGUGGUGGAGGAAUGGUUGUCGGAAUUCAAGACUCUACCAGAAACUCACAUCUCCACCUAUGCAGGCAGCCUUCACCUGAAGAAGUCUCUGGUGCCAGCUCUCUACAGAGUCAUCCAGGACAGCAGCAGUGAGCUCCUUGAGCCUGUCUGUCACCAGCUGUUUGAGAUGUACCGGAGCUCUGAGGACCGCCUGAGACGCUUCACACUGCAGUUCCUUCCAGAGCUGGUCUGGGUGUACCUCCGCAUCACCGCCAGCAGGGACCGCCAGAGCAACGGCUGCAUAGAGGCCUUGCUGCUGGGCAUAUACAACCUGGAGAUUGUGGACAAAGAUGGGAACAGCAAGCUCCUGUCGUUCACCAUCCCCUCCCUGUCCAAGCCCUCUGUGUAUCACGAGGUAAGACUGGUAGCCUAGCGAAUAGUGUUGGGCCAGUAACCGAAAGGUCGCUGGUUCGAAUGCCCGAGCCGACAAGGUGAAAAAUCUGUCUGCGCCUCUGGGAAAUGUGCUGAUAUGCUCCAGUGGCACUGUACUACCAAGCCUGACUCUGGAAAACAACACAUUUCACUGCACCUAUGAAAAUUAAACGGCUUUUCUAUGUGUG